AUUACUAAAUUACCCUUUUUACUCUCAUGAUUUGCACCUGGGAUCUGCCUCUCUCUAACCCGCCUUGCUCUCAUCUCUUCGUCGGUCGGCAAGAAGCUCGUCCGUCCACCGCUUGAUCGCGCGUUGCCGGCCACUGAAACGACUGGCAUCAUUUGGCGGGGUUCUUAUAUUAUGUGUAUCAUAAAGAUGCAAAAUUAGUGUUGGUUCGUGGAGUUGUCAACGAAUCUGAGAAGAUGAUGAUGCAAGAUCUAGGUGUGGAAGCUAAGGAAGCUGCUGUUAGAGAGGUGGCCAAGCUUCUGCAGCUUCCUGAGCAUUUGUCAUCUAUUGGUUCCAUCAAGGCAGAUUAUGUUCUUCGUCAACAGGCAAAUGAUGCACAACUUAGCACUAUGGUUGCAGAGCAGAUUGAACAGGCACAAGCUGGGUUAGAAGCAUUGGGCUUAUCACAGAAGUCAAUUGAUCAGCUUCGUGAGAAUUUCCUGUCCAUUGAUAAGUUGUGUCAAGAAUGUCAGAAUCUAAUUGAGAACCAUGAUCAAAUAAAGCUUCUCAGCAAUGCCCGGAACAAUUUGAACACCACACUCAAGGAUGUUGAGGGAAUGAUGUCCAUUUCUGUUGAAGCCGCUGAAGCAAGAGACUCCUUGAGUGAUGAUAAGCAACUUGUUCACACAUACGAGAGAUUAACAGCUCUUGAUGGCAAGAGGAGGUUCGCAUUAGCUGCUGCAUCUUCUCACAAGGAAGAGAUUGGCAGGCUAAGAGAAUAUUUUGAAGAUGUUGAUCGCACAUGGGAAACGUUUGAGAAGACUUUGUGGGAACAUAUUUCAAAUUACUACAAGCUUGCCAAGGAAAGUCCGCAGACUUUGGUCCGCUGUGUGAGGGUUAUUGAAAUGCAAGAAAUCCUUGAUCAGCAAUUGGCCGAAGAAGCUGCUGAGGCUGAGGGUGGCGGAGCAAUGGCAUCAAUUACGAAUGCCCGCAGAUCUACAAAAAAGCCUACAGUUCCUGCAAAUGCACAGGAGAAGACGAAGGCACUAGGAAAGUGCUACAAAGAUAAAUGCUAUGAGCAACUAAGAAAAACUGUUGAAGCAAGGUUUGACAAACUAGUGACAGAACUUGUUUUUGAGGAUUUGAAAGCUGCUUUGGAGGAGGCUCGAGUUAUGGUCAAGGAGCUUGGCGACAUUUAUGAUUUUGUUGCUCCCUGUUUUCCUCCAAGGUAUGAAGUCUUCCAGCUGAUGGUUAACCUCUACACGGAAAGGUUCACUCACAUGCUUAGAUUGCUGAGUGAUAGGGCAACUGAAUUAUCGAACUUGGAAAUUCUAAAGGUAACUGGUUGGGUGGUUGAAUAUCAAGAAAAUCUGAUUGAGCUUGGUGUUGAUGAAUCUUUGGCUCAAGUUUGUUCUGAAAGUGGUGCAAUGGAUCCUCUUAUGAACUCAUAUGUUGAAAGGAUGCAAGCAACAACAACGAAAUGGUAUAAGAAUAUUCUGGAUGCAGACAAGGUGCAGCCACCAAAAAAAACAGAAGAUGGAAGGCUCUAUACACCAGCAGCUGUUGACUUGUUUCGCAUUCUUGGAGAACAAGUGCAGAUUGUGCGGGAUAAUAGCACUGAUGUGAUGCUAUACAAAAUUGCUCUUGCUAUCAUUCAGGUUAUGAUUGAUUUUCAAGCAGCUGAAAGACAAAGACUAGAGGAACCUGUUGCCGAAGUUGGAUUGGAGCCUCUUUGUGCUAUGGUGAACAACAAUUUGCGCUGCUAUGAUCUUGCAAUGGAGCUAAGUAGCAGUAUCAUAGAAGCUCUUCCACGGAAUUAUGCUGAGCAGAUCAAUUUUGAGGACACAUGCAAGGGUUUUCAUGAAGUUGCGAAGGAAGCAGUGCAUCAAACUGUUAAUGUUAUUUUUGAAGAUCCUGGUGUACAAGAUUUGGUUGUUAAACUUUAUCAGAAAGAUUGGUACGAAGGCAUGGUUACAGAAUAUUUAAUUGCAACAUUCAGUGAUUAUUUCGGAGAUGUAAAAGUAUACAUCGAGGAUAGGUCCUUUAGGAGGUACGUUGAAGCCUGCCUGGAGGAGACCAUUGUUGUCUACGUGGACCAUCUCCUUUCACAGAGAAGUCCCAUCAAAGAAGAAACAAUUGACAGGAUGCGACUGGAUGAAGAUUUCCUUACUGACUUCUUCAGAGAACACAUUAACAUAUCAAAAGUUGAGAAGCGGGUUCAGAUACUUGCCGAGUUGAGGGAGUUAGCUUCAGCUGAAAGUUUGGAAUCUUUCACUCUUGUUUACACAAACAUUCUCCAAACUCAUCCUGAUUGCCCUCCUGAGGUUGUAGAAAAGCUUGUUGGUUUACGUGAAGGCAUACCAAGAAAAGAUGCUAGAGAGGUUGUUCAGGAGUGCAGGGAAAUAUACGAGAGCUAUUUUGUAGAUGGGCGUCCACCCAAGCCUGCUUUUGUUGUCUUUGGGAGGGUGAAAUGCCUGACUGCUUCCAAGGGGUCUUUAUGGAGGAAACUGUAGUUCAUUUUCUCUUGUAAAUGUAAAUUAUUUUUUGGAUUUUCCGUUCUUGUGGGGAAGCAUUACAUUUGCAAUUUUGUAUCUAUUUUAAUGAUCUGGCCAUUAGAGUUUUAAUAUAAAUAUCCUCUUAAAACAAGAGUCAACAAAA